UUGAUAACAUCUGUUUACAUUUGCGCGCUUUAGAAGACACCUUCCAGAUUACACGGCGGCGACAGACAGAUUGACUGGCGAUUGAUCAAUCGAACGGCAAUCGACCCCAUACCAAGAUAGUAGGGGGAUAACAGACUUGUAUCCACAAAAAGAGAAAGAAAGAAAGACGCAAUUAACGCAAAAGAAACUCACAACAACAGUCAUUCACCAGGCAAUGUUAACACACAAUUAUCGCGCUCAAAAUACAAGACAGACGUCAUUAGGGAAAAUUAAAGAAAAUCUUAGGGGGAAAAUCGUGUGUUCUUAGUGGGAAUAUAUGAGCUUGUGUGUGUAUAAGGAGAUAGUGCCACGUAAAGUAGAAAAACAAAGAGAUUUUCUUUCAUCAAAUUAAUGAAAACAAUUUAAUGCCCUAAAUAUGGAGACGACACCAAAAGGUGCUGCACAACAAAUACGAUCCAUGCGUAAUCACACACCCAGAUUAUCGGAACGGAAAAAGAAACUAUUCGAUUCAAAGACCGAGCCAGAUAACGAUGAUGAAGACAUGAUGAUCGGUGUAAAACCUUUAACGUUAAGUAAAACAAAAUAUUCAGCUGCUGGAGCAGCAAAUAACCAAAAGACACCUAAAAGUACAAAAAAUCUAGAAGCUCUGAUGGGCGGCAGUGGUUCGUGUAAGAAAACGCCACGCAUUAUAAGCUUUUUUGAGGUGGAUUCGGAUGAGGCUGAAUUGGUGGGGGAGGAAAAGAUAUCGCCCUCGACACGGAGAAGUUUGCGUUUAAGUGGCAAAAAGGUCUCACCAAAUUCUAGUAAAUCCGGUUCAGAACUGUCUAGUUCUCCGCACAAGGAAAAUAUACCCAUAAAAACACCCAGUCGCCAGCAACAGCAGGAAGAUAAACAACUCCAGAAGAUGUUCAAUAAUUCCAUGCAAAUUACACCACGUGAAAAGGCCAUAGUUAUAGAGGAAACCUCCAGUGAAGAUGAAGAUGCAGAUAACGAAGACGAUAUGGUGGAAGAUAAGCGGGAGAGAAUAAAAAAGAACCUAAAUAAACGUUGUGUUGCAGAAGCCUCUACGGGCUUGAGUCCAAUGCGUAAAAUAGCCAAAAAGAGUGUAUCUCCCUUGGAGUCGGGUUCUAUAUCGACAAAAUCAUUUUAUUCAGGCGCCAAGACCUCACCCACCAACAAUAACAACAAUCGUUCUACGUGCCGAAAUCUGUUUGGCUCCACAAAUCGUACCAGUCCGCAUAACAACACCACCACCUCCUCCUCCACCAAUGCCCCAAGAACCUACAAAAGUCAGUCAUCACGUCGCAGUGAUCCUUUGCUCAUAAAUCGAGGAGUGCGUCAUCGAAUUAAGAAACGCACUUCGAUGCAUGUGCCCCAGAGGCAUUACGCCCCCGUGGAUAUUGAGCGUAUCCUCAGCAAUGUGCGCAAUGAAAAGCUAAGAAACCUUAUAACCACAAAGCGUGAACAAAAACAACAAAUCGAAAAGGUGCAUAGCAUCUUCCGCCAGGCCUCGAAUCCCAUUGCUAUGGCCAAACCCUUAAGUUCGUUGAGCAUACAGGACGAUAGCAACAACAACAAUUUGCCAGCCAAUGGAAAACCCCUAUUGAAUAACAACAAUAAGACAUGUUAUGGUUCUUCCCACUCGCUGGCCGCCACCAGUAGCCUUUAUAAUGAUAGCGACUUCUCUGACAUUGAAUGUGAUUCAGUGGAUGAGGAGGAGGAUGAGGAUGCAGCCUUUGCCAGUGCAUUAAGGGCAAUGGAUGAGGAGGUCAUACCCAUUGUAAAGCAUGAAGAUGCAAUUUCUACUAAAUCCGAUGAUGCGGUAUCGGUGAGUAGUACAAAAAGGAAAUUCUUCAAGUCGGGAAGGCAGACGAAUACCAAGAAAGAGGUCAAAAUUACGGGAAAUAUAAGGGCCACGGUUAAGGCAAAUGGUAAACUCAGGCUGGUGGAGGAGAAGAAAAAGGUCAAGAAAAGAUUGAAGAUUAGAAAUUCGGUUGCCAGUGAAUUCUCCGAUGAACAGGCCACUGUCGAUGCAAUAUUACGAAAUCUGGAUGACACAGCCUUUGGUGACAUCAUUGAGACCGUACAGGAUGAAGAUGAGGAACAAGUGCUUAAUGCCAAUGCUGGCGAUGUUUUGAAUAACAAUGAAUUCUUGGAUGAAAUCGAUAUGCAGCUGUCGCUAAUGCACAACCAGGAAUGCAACUCAAUUGCGGGCGAUAGCCAGCAGGAUGUGAAGGAUGAUAUCAAACCGGAUUACAAUGAAUUUAUAAAACGUUUACCCUACAACACCACCGAUCCUGAAAUAAUAGAGCGCCAGCAUUUACUACUCGAUUUCCUGAUAACCAAUAACAUUUGCACCGAAAAGAAUUUCACGAUUUUCAUUGCCGAUCCCGAUAAUCACAAGGAAGAGGCUGAACGUAUCAUUGAUGAUUUGGUAAUGGUUGUGACGGGUCAGCAGCAAGAUUUUCGUCAAAAAAUACCUUACAAUACCACCGAUCCCCAAUUGAUAGCCCAACAGGAGGCCUUUUUAAGUUUCAUGGAAGAGAACGCCUUGUGUACAGAGGAAAAUUUCGAUAUAUUCAUAGCCAAUUAUGAACAAAGAAAGGAAGAGGCCGAUGCCAUAUUGGCCCAAUAUAUGGCAUUGGAUAUAAAACUGAAGGAUGAAGAUGAAAUGGCUAGCAGCAGUAGGGUAACCUAUGUGACGGAGGAAUCUGCGCCUGUGGGCAAUGAGCAUGCGGUCACAUUUAUACCAACCCAAAAUAGAUGUAACCAACAGCAGUUUACUGAAGUUGUUGUGCCGCCAGUUCACUCGCCGGCAGUUAGUAGUAAUGAAAAUACCCCCAAAUUAUUUCCCAUAUUCUAUCCUGGCGGUGGCUGCCAGCCGUUGUCAAUACCUGCCACCAAACGGAAACAACCCCAACGUACCUGGAAUGCUGGCUUUGGCCAAAAUCAAUAUCAAAUCGAUGCUGGGCAAAAGGAGUUUGGGGCCCAUCAGUGCAAACAAUGUGGCCUUGUCUACACCGCCCAUGAACCGGAAGAAGAGAAGUUGCAUAGAGAUUUCCAUGCUUCGCUGCAUGUUUUACGUUUCAAGGGAUGGAUUGAUGAAGACAUUAUGGCCAUAUUCCCUGAAUGGGGACCCGAUGGACGUAUUAUACGUUUAACCGAAACGUCACCGCUCAAGCGCAAGGAACGUCUUAUGGAUAUUUUGAAAAUAGUCGAUAAAGAGCUGGGCUUUUCAUCGUAUAUUAUACCAAAAACGUUUAUGGCCUACUUUGCCGUUAGGAAAAUGCAAAUUGUGGGUUUGUGUUUGGUCCAGCCACUGGAUAAGGCCAAUAAGUACAUGAAUGUAAAUGGUGUCGAUUGUUGUACCGAAGAGGAAUUCGAGGCCAAAUGUGGUAUUUCACGCAUUUGGGUCUCACCUUUGCAUCGUCGUUUCCACAUCGCCACCAAGCUGAUACAAGCAGUGCAAUUAAAUACAAUUUAUGGUGAAGAAAUACCCUUGGAUAAAAUUGCCUUUAGUGCACCCACCGAAAUGGGCAAGGCCUUCGCCCAGAAGAUAACAAAAAUGGAAAAUUUCUUAGUUUAUCAAUAAGUUUGCGGUCUUCAUUUCGGUGGCUCUAUAUUUCUGUCGUUGGUGGGAGAGGGGAGUAGAAGAAAAAAAGUAAUGUGUAUAGAAGAGCAUAUAGUUUGAAUAAAUUACAAAAAACCGGUUUCCAGAGGAAACACACAUACAUAUGAGAGUGUUAAGAUUGCUUGUUUAGGAGUACCACCCAAAAACAUGCAAAGGCGGCGGCAACAUAUUUUAUGGCUUUAUAAUAUUUUUACUUAAAAAUUCGAGAAUUCAAGAAUAAUGUACUUGCAUUUCGAUUCGAUGUAAUUAUUGAAAUUAUACCACCACUUGUCGAGGUUUUAAAUGAAUUGUUUUUUCUAUUUCGAAUUCAUAUUUUUUAUGCUUGUUUUUACAUUUCUACCAAUUUAUGAAUUUGUAUUCGAUCUUUUUUUCAGUUAGAGAUUUUUUAUUGUCACUGUUGCAUCAUAGAUCUAUUAUUUUUUCGCUUAUGUAAGAAUCGCAUAUUUUUUUACAUAUUUUGCCUUAAAAUAUAAAAAAGAGGAAAAUAUAGUUUUUAAUUUAAGGUCUCAUAUCAUUACUUGUAACAUGAAAUAUUAUACCUUAAUAAAAACAUUGUUUUUUAGUCGCUAAACAACAA